UCAAAUCCAAAAUGAAAGCUUAUAUAUUUCUUGGAUUUUAUACUUUACUCCUUUCUUUUUCAAGCACUCUAAAUCUAAGUAGUGCCCAUUUCUUUCCAAACAUUUCAUCGAUUCCUCGUACGUUGGUCGGAAAUGGCAGCGCCGGCUGGGACGUUUUCCAGAAAUAUCUGGGCAGCCACACCGGCCAGAACGUCGCCGGAUUAUCAAAACUGAAGAAUUAUUUCCAGCGUUUCGGCUACAUUAACGCUUCUUUAGGCUCCAACUUCACCGACGACUUUGACGAUCUGCUCGAGUCCGCCGUCAAGACUUAUCAGCUCAACUUCAACCUUAAACCCACCGGCGAGCUCGACGCGCCGACGAUCCGGCAUUUGGUCAUACCCAGAUGCGGAAAUGCGGAUAUCGUUAAUGGCUCGUCCGCCAUGAACGCCGGCAAGUUUAAGGCGAACUCGACUGCCGUGCCGGCGCAUUACUCCUUCUUUCCGGGCCGGCCGCGGUGGCCGCCGGGGAAGACGGAGCUGAGCUACGCGUUCCUGCCGGAGAAUCAGCUCUCCGACGCGGUGAAGGGAGUGUUUGCUCGGGCGUUUGAGCGGUGGUCGGAGGUGACGCCGUUGACUUUCACGGAAACGGCGGCGUUCACGGACGCGGAUAUUCGGGUCGGGUUCUUCCGCGGGGACCACGGCGACGGGGAGCCGUUCGACGGCGCAUUGGGGACGCUGGCCCACGCGUUUUCCCCGCCGAACGGGCGGCUCCACAUGGACGGCGACGAGAAUUGGGUCCUCGACGGCGACUUCUUGAGCUCGGCCGGGUCGGUUUUAUCCGCCACGGAUCUGGAGUCGGUGGCGGUUCAUGAAAUCGGACAUAUAUUGGGUUUGGGUCACUCGUCGUUGGAAGGGGCAAUCAUGUACCCGACAUUGCCGCCGGUGACCCGGAAAGUGGAGCUCGCUGACGAUGAUAUUCAAGGGGUCCAAGACCUUUACGGGUCGAACCCGAACCCAAAUGGUACACUGCCGAUGUUGACUCCGAGUAACCAGAAGGACACAAGUGGCUCCGCCAUUGUUUCUAAUGCAUAUUGGGUUCAUGAGUUUUUAUUGCUUAUUGUACUAUUAGCUAUAUCUCUUUUUUAAACUUUUCAUAUU